AUGAAUGUUCUUUGGAAUGGUGUGUAUCUAAAGUCAAGUGUAUGCCGUUUACCACUGCAUUUCAGAGCUGCAAUUGCGUGCAUUUCUUGUGAUGUUCCUGCUGCAAGGAAACUUUAUGGCUUCAAUAGCCAUAGCUCUCAUUAUGGCUGCUCAAAAUGCUUCAAGUUUUUUCCUGAAAAUGUAAAGGAUUCAUUUGACUUUUCUGGAUUUAAGAUGGAGGAAUGGCCAAAGCAAGACAUGCGAUCACAUAAACGACGUGCAAGAGAGCUGUUGAGGGCUAAAACCAAAGCCGAACGUGACAGAUUAAGUAAGAGGUAUGGUCUGUAUUACAGCGUUCUUCUUGAAUAG